AUGUACCGGGCAAUCAUGGGAUACCUGGUCACCAAAUACGGGAGAGACGACUCGCUCUAUCCCAAAGACGCCGAGAAAAGGGCGAUGGUGGACCGGAUUUUGUAUUUCGACAUCGAGACCCUCUACAGAAGCAUCCAGGACUACUUCAAACCCAAGAUUCUUGGCUCGGGGAUACUGGAACCGAGCAAAGGAAAUGCCCUCAAACAAAGCUUGGAGUAUCUGGACGAAUUUUUGAGCGCUGAUCGAAACGGCGGCGGGUCCUACGUGGCUGGGAGUCAACUGACGAUCGCGGAUUUCGCUGUUCUCGCCUCCGUCUCUCAUCUCGUCGCUUUGGGGUGGAGCAUCUCGUCCUACCCGAAUGUUUCUCGAUGGUUCGAGAAACUGAAGAAAGAACUCCCGUUCUACCAUCCCUGCGUCGACGAAGGAGUGAAAAUGCUUCUCGAUUGGAUCAGUUGCGUGGAAGAGAAAACCAAGAAGAGCUCUUCGUAAUGUUAUUUUUCGCCUGUCCUCGCCCCUUCGCUCAUCGCAUGGUACAAACGCAUUAUUCUUCAUUCCACUAAGCUUCCAAGAAGUGCCCAAUGCUACAUUCCAUCACGGUUGUGAUCCGAUUACUACUGUCCCCUGAAUCCCUUCUUACUUUUCUAUGUUCACUUACUUUUUCAAAAAUGUUGUCUGCGUUUAAGGAACACGAGCUUUGUGACAUUA